AUGGACCUCACUCUUCUGUGGGUACUUCUGCCACUGGUAACCACAGCCUGGGGCCAGUACGGGGACUACGGGUACCCAUAUCAGCAGUACCACGACUAUAGUGAUGAUGGCUGGGUGAAUCUGAACCGGCAAGGCUUUAGCUACCAGUGUCCCCAUGGGCAAGUGGUGGUAGCCGUGAGGAGCAUCUUUAGCAAGAAGGAAGGCUCUGACAGACAAUGGAACUAUGCCUGCAUGCCCACACCCCAAAGCCUUGGGGAGCCCACGGAAUGCUGGUGGGAAGAAAUCAAUAGGGCUGGCAUGGAAUGGUACCAGACUUGCUCCAACAAUGGACUGGUGGCCGGCUUCCAGAGCCGCUACUUCGAGUCAGUGCUGGACCGGGAGUGGCAAUUUUACUGCUGUCGCUACAGCAAGAGAUGUCCGUAUUCCUGCUGGCUGACAACAGAAUAUCCAGGCCACUAUGGGGAAGAAAUGGACAUGAUUUCCUAUAACUAUGACUACUACAUCCGAGGAGCAACAACCACUUUCUCUGCAGUGGAAAGGGAUCGCCAAUGGAAGUUCAUAAUGUGCCGGAUGACCGAUUAUGACUGCGAAUUUGCAAAUGUUUAGAUUUGCCACCUACAGAAAUCCGGGUAGCGGGCAAGGGGCCAGGCGUCCCGGGGGUUUCGUGUCAUAUAGGCUAGUGUUGAUUAGAACGUCUGCAGUUCUUCCUUUUUCCCUGAGAUGGGAGCCUCAGUGUCGGCUGCCUGGGCCUUUCUCACCACGAUUACACAUAUAAAUAAAUCCACAAUUAAGUCAUGUUUCUCACUUUCAACACUUUCCAUAACGACCGUCUCCAGUUGCUGAUGGUGGCUUCCUUGCAUACCACAUAUACAGGGCCUGCAUGCUUGCAGCCUGCCACGCAGAGCACCUGCCAACGUCUGGCUGCUGUUCUCACUAUAACUUGAGCGUCAAAUUCAGCUUAGUGAACUUGGAGAGAGAGAGAGAAAGGAAGAGCUGAGAGAGCUGAGAGAGGUGAGAUAAAGGUGCUCUACAGUUAAGUCUGUUUGAGCGACAACAUCCAGAGACCUCACCUGGGAUGGGGAGGCAUACUCUCUCUUGAGGGAACAUACCCACUCUCUCCUUCCACAGGAGCCACACGUACUUGGAAGUCCAAGUAAAGAUCCAUGGAAGAGAGGUGACUUGGAAGUGAAAGGGGGAGGUGGGAGGGUUUGAAGACCGAGCUGAGACAUUAGGCUGAAGGAACUUCCUCGAUUCAGAGACAUAUGUCAACAUACCCAAUAAUGAAAAUGAAUAUGAGGGCCAGGGGAACCUGUGAGAAUCAGUCUCAA